AGGGACUGUGGGGAGAGGGCGAGUCCUGUAGGGAGAGUGGAAGAGGAAUGAAUCCUAUAGGGGACUGGGGAGAGGGAUGGACUGUGGGGAGUCCUGUGGGAGAACGGACGAGCCCUGCAGGGAGUUCUGUAGGGACAGGGUGAGUUUUGUGGGAGGAGGGACAAAUCCUGUAGGGAAUUGUGGAGGAGGAUGGGAUCAGCUCUGGAGGGAGUCCUGCAGGGAAAUAGAAUAAGUGUUAAAGGAAGAGAAAUGUGUUCUUUGGGGAGAGGGAUGAAUUCUGUAAAGAUUCCUGCAGGAGGAUGGAAAGAGCUUUUUGAGGGGUUUUAUGGAGAGUUCUGUGAGAGAACGGGAGGAGUCCUGCAGGGGAUUCCAUAGGGAGACAGGACAAGUCUUAGAGGAAGAGGGGCAAGUCCUGUAGGACCAUGGGAGGAGUUCUCCAAGAUGAAGGAGGAGGUGCCCACGGCGCUGGUGGAGGCCCACGUGCGCAAGGUGGAGGAGGCGGCCAAGGUGACGGGCAAGGCCGACCCUGCCUUCGGGCUGGAGAGCAGCGGCAUCGCCGGCACCGCCUCGGACGAGCCCGAGCGCAUCGAGGAGAGCGGGGCGGAGGAGGCGCGGGCAGAGGCGCAGCCGGCCGAGGAGAAGAAGGAGGUGAAGGAGCCCCGGGAUGGCACCGCCGAGGAGGAGGCCAAGGAGAAGGCCGGAGAAACCCCCAAAAAGGAGGAGGAGAAGGGGAAGGAGGCGGAGGGCGAGAAGGAGCCCGACAAGGGUGACGGCGACAGCGCAGGGGAGCCCGAGAAGGAGAAGGAGCUGAAGGAGGGGCCGGACGAGGCGCCCAAGGAGCUCCCGGAGCCCGAGGCCGAGCGCAAGGCCAAGGUGGAGCGGGACAUCGGCGAGGGGAACCUGUCCACGGCCGCCGCCGCCGCGCUGGCCGCCGCCGCCGUCAAGGCCAAGCACCUGGCGGCCGUGGAGGAGCGCAAGAUCAAGUCCCUGGUGGCGCUGCUGGUGGAGACGCAGAUGAAGAAGCUGGAGAUCAAACUGCGGCACUUCGAGGAGCUGGAGACCAUCAUGGACCGCGAGCGCGAGGCCCUGGAAUACCAGCGGCAGCAGCUGCUGGCCGACCGCCAGGCCUUCCACAUGGAGCAGCUCAAGUACGCCGAGAUGCGCGCCCGGCAGCAGCACUUCCAGCACCUGCAGCAGCAGCAGCAGCAGCAGCAGCCCCCGCUGCCCCCCGGGGCACAGCCCCUGCCCGGCGCCGCCCCCCUGGCCCCCGCCGCCCACCCGCUGGCCGCGCCCCCCGCCCUGGUGGGCCCCGCCGAGCCCGUGGGGCAGCCCCUCCCCGGCGCCGUUCCCCGGGCAGCAGCCGCCGCCGCCGCCGCCCUCGCAGAGCCUGGCGGGGCCGCUCGGCGGCGGCAGCACCGGCAGCACCGGCAGCACCGGCAGCAGCAGCAGCAGCGGCCACCCCGCCGCGCCCGGUAA